AUGCAAUUGAAAAUACCAGAAUUCCGAACUCCCAAAGCCCAAGUUUUCAGUUUCCGAAAGCCCAGAACGCUAAACCCUAUGGUGCCGUAUGCAAAACAACCAGAAGAAAAGAAAAGUAGGUAAAAAGAAAAAAGUCUUCAGUCCAUCAACCAUCUCUCAUAAGUUACCGUGGUUGUCUUCCAAACGCCUAAUACCCAGGAGGAUUUUCAGGUAUACCCUGAUGUCCAGUCGUUAUCAUCCAAAGGCACAAAUAUCCAGGCCACGAAGAGCCAAAACUUCCAGACAAGGUCGUAG